UCUUGUAUUUAACAACUCCAGAUCUUUUUCUCAUUUGUCACUUGAUUCCAGACCAACUUCAAGAAGAAGAACAAAUCAACAUGGAUGAUCAGUUUUGGACUUUUCUCACACAUUUUCAUUCAUUUUGUGGGCCUAUCUUAAUGCUGGUGUACCCCUUAUAUGCCUCUGUGAUGGCUAUGGAGAGCCGUUCCACAUUAGAUGAUGAACAGUGGCUUGCUUAUUGGAUUAUUUACUCGUUUCUAAGUCUUGCAGAGAUGAUCCUCCAGUCCGCAUUAGAAUGGUUUCCAAUUUACUAUAUAGCGAAGCUGGUGUUUGUGGGGUGGCUAGUUCUACCGCAGUUCAAAGGAGCAGCUUACAUAUAUAAAAGAUUUGUGAGGGCCAACUUAAGGAAACAUAAAUUUAUCAAAAAUGAUCAUCAUCAUCAUCUCGAUUCUCAUCAUAGUUCUCACAAUGGCAAGAGCAAGAACAAGUUUGUUCAAUUCAUGACCCAUAAUAAAGGAGAGUAUCAAGAAUAUUAAAAAGAGGGCUGAAGGCCAAACUUAAGAUUUGCUUUCGGAUUUAGGACUUCUUUUUAUCUUUGCUGGUUUUUGUAAAUGACUGAAUGUACAAGUUUUAGCAGUUAAAGGCACAAAUCUGUAGCUUUUCAUGUUUUAAUUAGCUGGUGUUGUCUUUGAAAUCUUUGAUUAUGGUUAGCCUAUUGGUUCAUGAAUAAAUUCAUGUAGUUUUACCUUA